CCCCGCCAUGUGGAGUUGACAGCACAAAGAGAACUAAAUACUUCCAGCCUCGGCAAAAACGAAAACCAAUGUGUCCCAAAGCAAACCACCAUCUGCUGUUACCACUCUUCAACAAAUAAUGAGUGAGAUACACCAUCUAUUACAUACGGAAGCAAUCAUUGGUAACACGAUAUCAGCCAUGAAAUCUUCACCUUUCGCAUCUGUCAAAAGAGCCGCUCAGGUUGUACGCGAAAGGGCUCCGGGCAGUAGCUUUGUAUAUCAAGCAGGGAGACUACAACCAGAACUAGCACCAUGGUCUGCCAGUAAGGCUCGACCCUAUUCUCUUCACUUUUCUGGUCGAGUUGGUUCUCGCAAAGAGCCUGCUGCGCUGUUUUCGUCCUUGGCCGUCAACCAUCACCCGGCAGCGCUCGCCGGAACUGAGAAAAGUUCCAGCACUGUGAACGAGCAGGGAUAUGUUCCUGUCUCUGUUGACCUUCCUGGAGGAGUUACGGGCAAGUGGCCGAGUCUAUGGUUGAGAGACAACUGCCAGUGCAAGAAAUGCAUUCACCCUGACACGAGACAGCGGCUUGUGGACACAUUUUCGAUACCCGCGGAUAUUCAACCAUCAUCGGUGAGAAAGUUGGACAAUCAUUUGGAGAUUGAAUGGGCAAAUGAUGGCCAUACUAGCACGUAUAGCUAUAACUGGUUAUCAAAACACCAUCUUAGCCAGGGUAGCUCUGAACUAGCCGCUGUUAAGUUCGGGUCUGAGAGACAAUUCGUUUCCAAUGACCCAAAUACCUAUCCAACUGUCUUGUAUGACGAGGUGAUGUCCUCAGAAGCUGGCGUUCGAAAAUGGACAGAUCAAAUUUAUCGAUGGGGGUUUUCCUUUGUCAAGGAAUCCCCGGCAACCCCUGAAGCUACGGAGCAGCUCCUGAAGCGGAUAGCAUUCAUCAGGCCUACGCAUUAUGGCGGAUUUUGGGACUUCACGUCCGAUCUUUCUCUGAAAGAUAUGGCCUACACAACCGAAGGUCUUGGUGGCCAUACGGAUACCACCUAUUUUACGGAUCCGGCAGGCCUCCAGAUGUUCCACAUGCUCUCACAUACCAACGGUUCUGGUGGUGAAUCACUGCUCGUUGAUGGUUUUGAGGCUGCUAAGACACUCUACAAGGAGGAUCCAGAGGCAUAUGGGGUACUAAAGGAAUUUGGCGUCAGCGGCCAUGCCAGUGGCAACGAACAUGUCUGCAUCCAACCGGCGCGCCCGUUCCCCGUCCUUAACCAUCACCCGGUUACGCGAGAAUUGUAUCAGGUGCGAUGGAAUAAUGAGGACAGGAGGCCCAUUGUUAACGGGUCUCCAGAGGAAGUCAACAAAUGGUACGCCGCAGCACGGAAAUGGAAUGAAAUUAUUACGCGGAAAGAUAUGGAACGUUGGUUCCAGCUGGAUCCUGGCUCCCCAAUGAUAUUCGACAACUGGAGAAUGCUCCAUGGACGAGCUCCUUUUUCGGGAAAGCGGAGGAUAUGCGGUGGCUACAUUAAUCAUGACGAUUUCAUGUCACGAUAUUGGUUGCUUAGGGAUGGGCGAGAAAAAGUAUUGAAUAGGAUAUAGUUCGUGGGUUAUGAUCAAUACGGAAUUACAUAUAUAGGAUCUUUCUUAAAUAGAGUCUUCCUAGAAACAAAUACCAAAGAUAUUGAAAUACGUUAA